CAGGUGACCUAGGUAGAAGAUACUGUUUCCACACCUACUCCGAGCUGAGGAAGGAAGUUGGUGAGCGGUUUUGUUCUUGGAUAAGCUCUUGGGCUUUGGUUUCAGGAGUUUUUGCCUCUGCUUAUCCGAUUAUAUGAACUCGUGAGCUUCUCAAACUGGCAAGAGCAUUUGUGAAGGAUCAUGGACACGUUUGCCCUUGCCGCUGUCUUGCUUUUCAUCAUGGGGGGGGUCACCGCUCAAGUGCAGUUGGAACCGCAGAACUCAGUGGUUCUCCAAAGUUCAGAUGCGAGGUUCAACUGCAGCACGAGGCAGCAGGCCUGGACGGUCAUGAUCUGGUCACUAAACGGACGGCUGGCGCUGACCAUUUUAGAGGCCUCCGGCAUGCUAAACAGCAGUAAUCGCUUCUCUGCGAUAGAUUAUUCCACCGCGGGUGAAUCUAAGUGGGAAUUUAUCAUCAGGAACGUAUCACGAAACGAUUCUGGUGAAGUCAGCUGUCAGAUCCAAGGCAGUGAGCCUGUGACCACUGGGCUGUCCGUUCAAGAGAGCGGCUCAGUGGAGGUUCUAGGGACGAACUGGACAGUGAUGGAGGGAGAUCAGGUUGUGUUCCAGUGUCUUGCAGCAGGCUGGUUUCCUACACCACAGCUUUCCUGGACUGUGGCUGACACACUCGUGGACCAACAGCUCUUCAACACCAGCUCUGUGGAAGUGGGCACUCUGGUCAACUCCAACAGCACUCUCAAGUUCACAGCGGUCCACAAUGUAUCUGUGGCAUGCCUGGCAUCCAUACCUGCCCUGAUCAUUCCUCAACGCAGCAGCGUUUUCCUCGUUGUUGAGAAGGUGGAGAAGCCAGUGCACAGAGACCAGACCGUGCUGAUAGCCGUCAUUGUGUCCGUCAUCGCGGUUGUCCUUUUAAUCCUCAUCAUUAUCACCAUUGUCUUGUGCUGCAAAAGGAGAAAGCGAGCACAAACAAACUACCAAGGGGAAGCAAGAGCACACUCACAACCGCCGAAAGAAGGAGCUGCGCACCCUGGGGAAGGACAGGGGCAGGAUAACCUUGGUUACGUUACCGACCCCAAAGCAAAUGACACCAACAGUGAAUAUACAGACAGCGGAUUCUGGAAGUUCAAUUACAUCAGCACUAUUCAGGUUCCUGAUGUGGUGAAGAGUAACCAAGAGGCCAAUGAUCAUUAUGGCACCCUCGGUGACAAUGGUGUCCGAAAACACAGACAUGUAACCAUAGUGUAAAAAGGCAAUGAACAAAGUUGUUCAAAUGUAAACACUUUAUUUAAUAUAUUUGAAGGGGAAAUAGAGUUUAACUUAAAUAUGAAAGAUAUAUUUUUAUGUAUGUUGGUGAAUGCAAGCAUGUAUGGCAUAUGACAUAUGACAAGCUGUAUAUAUACAUUUUUUAAGUAAUGUGAAUGGAUUUCAGAAAAUGCAGUAUAAAUGUUUUCAGCCCUACUUUAUAAUAUGGCACUAACAACUGUGUAGUUACACAUUAACAACACAUGCAAUAACAAUGUAACUCCUGGUGAUGUAUUGACUGUUACAGAUGAAUUAUUGUAGCUUAUGUAAGCACACACAUGUAUCAGCUCCAUUGCCUUCUUAUGUAGUUACACAAGUGUUUAUGUAAACACACACACACACACACAUGUAGAUGCACAUGUAUUUGAAUAAGCUGUUCUAUAAGCUUUAUUGCUAUAAUCCUUCUGUAACAGUUGUAACAGCAGUUACAUUGUUGUUACAUGUAUUGUUAACAUGUAACUAAACAGUUAUUACAGUGCUCUAAUAUAAAGUAGGUGCAUAUUUUCUAUGUUUAACUGGCCCAAUGGCGAUGCAGAGAGGUCUCAUAUUGCUCAACCUCGAAGGCCAGGAUACUUGGAGUUCCACUGAGCUACCUAUGUAGAUCUCAUAUGUACCAUACUGGAUUCCUCCUUGGUGUAAUGUUAAUGUUACAUUAACCCUUAGUGUAUAAUCAGACCAUCGAUUUGAAACGCUUUCUGUGAGUUCAGUCUGUAGUUGUUAGGAAUGAUCUCACUGAAAUUCUGUGUAGAUUCCCUUGUUCUUUUUACCGCACAAAAAAGGAAAAGGAAAAGAAAAAAAAACCACAUGAAUCACGGGCUCAGUGUACAUCACUUGCUUGUAUUUAUAACUCCACGUCUGCCUGAUGACACAAUCAUUGGCAAACGCCACUUGUUCCCUUAUAAAACUUUCUACUUUCAGGUUUAUGGUCAGUGAGAAUUAGUCAACAGAUUCGUUUUACUGAUGAGCAUUUUAUGUGGUGCAUUAUGCUUCAUGAACCAUGCAAUUCAGUUAAUUUAUCAUUGUUUGUAUUAAUAUGGCCAAAGUGUUCCCUCCUCAUUAAUCAAACAUUGGCAUUUACAUCAAAUUUAUCUUACGGAACAGGCCUGAGACAAAACUGACAGAAUUCAGUGUUUAUUGAUGCUGUGUGGGGCUUGGCAGCCAUGUACAAAAAUGUGUUGAUGGAUUAUGUGUAAACGAAUGAAUUUCUUUGUACUGACAAUGUUAUGAUGGUAAUUAUUCUUAAUAGUUUUCUUGAUAUUUUUAUACGGUGUUUAUCAAUAAAUGCAAACAUAUUUUAUGAUGAA